AUGAACCAAAUUGAACAAUUGCCGAUGGAUGCAAAACGAAUUGCACAGGAAACCAGGAAAGAUCCCGAACUGGGGAAAAUCGUCAAGUUAUUGGAAGCAGCGCAGAGUCUCGAACGCACCGGUUACCGAUCCCCAGAGUCAACCUACAAAUUGGCUUCUGAUUGCUUGAUAUUCGAGCACCGUGUGGUAAUACCAUUGUCACUGCGAGAAGCAAUACUUAGAGAUCUUCACACCGCACAUCUUGGUAUUGUUAAGAUAAAGAGCAUGGCACGCUCAUUUGUCUACUGGCCAGACAUUGAUGCAGAGAUUGAACGUACAGCGAAAGCGUGUGAAGAAUGCACUAGACAUGCACACGCUCCCCCAAAAUUUCGCCAACAUCAUUGGGGCUACCCUAGAGGUCCCUGGGAACGCAUCCACAUUGAUUACGCAGGUCCCGUGGCGGGAAUGAUGCUACUGAUCAUCUCUGAUGCAUUCAGCAAAUGGUUGGAAGUCAAGGUGACCAGUUCGAUGACUGCGUCAGCGACAAUCGCCAUACUCGAUGAGCUAUUCACGUCCUACGAUAUUCCUUCAAUUGUGGUCUCAGACAAUGGGACACAAUUCACGACGACUUUCAGUCCUUCGAGUGAGUGGCGUCAAGUACCAUAA